AUGAUUACGCGCGGCAAUACGCCCGGCCUCGGCACCUCUGCGAAUUGCCUGAGCACGUUAGCUCGACUUUCCUGCGGGGGAUUUUCACAAGUUCGGUACAGUGCACCCCGACUUCUGACGCUACCUUUCGCAUCUAUCAUGGAUGAGAGCUCGCAACCUUAUGGUAGCCCACAAGGCCUCAGGAAAUUGUCUCACCAUUCGCCUGCAGCUGACGAUGACCCUGAUAACUGGAGUGCAGAAGGCUCGAGUGGAGACGAAGCCAGCAGAAGUCAAAACGGUGGCUCCUCCAAGCGCAAACGGCCUCUCUCGGUGAGCUGCGAGACAUGCAAGCAACGCAAGGUCAAGUGUGAUCGAGGCCAGCCUGCCUGUGGGUGGUGUACGAAGAACCAUUCAGUAUGUGUAUAUUUGCCACGUAAGAAGCCAGGGCUUCGUGCCGGUUACGGUAGAGAAUUGGAAUCGCGCUUAGACAAGCUCGAGUCUCUUUUACACCACCAACAACAACAGAUUCACCGACUAUCAAAAGCCCAACUGGCACCAGCUGCGCCGUCUUUGUCCUCGGAUGGCUCGGCCUUCCGCAGCCCAUCUACACUGCAAGCACCGCAUAUUCCGCGAGCCGAAACCGCUCUCUUCUUGCAAAAACCGGGCUCAUUUUCCUCACAACCUCCAUUACAGCCCAACUACCAAGUGUCUGAUUCGAGACCAGUGACGGCUGCUGCGUCCAAUGGCUACCCGCCACCGCCUCAGCCCCCUGAUGAAGUCCCGUCGGCCGCUCUGGGUGGAUUCCCGCGAGACUCGUAUGCACCCAAUUUUCCCUUCAAUGGCGAUCGACUUACUUCAUCAUCGGGGCCUGCCUCACUAUCUAAUGGAGACAAUGAUUUUCCCCCUUAUGAUUUACUCUAUGGCUUGGUAGAUCUUUUCUUCCGACACGUAUAUCCAUGGUGCCCCAUUUUGCAUCGCCAGACCACUUUGAACUCGCUUUUCGGGGACUCUAGCUUAGACAUAGCGGAUCGUAUCAUUCUCCAUUCUAUCGUCGCUACGACGCUUAAGUUUUCUACCGAUGCUCGCUUGACCCCAGAGAAAAGAAUACAGUAUCACCAGAACUCCAAGGAGAAGGUCCUUUUAUAUGGUAUCGAAAAUAGUUCGGUCAAGUCAUUGCAGGCGCUUGUCAUUCUUUCGCUCGAUGUCAUCGGUUGUUCAAACGGACCUCCGGGUUGGAACAUGCUGGCUCUGAUCACUCGCUCGGUUGUUCAGUUGGGUUUAGCCAUGGAGACAUAUUCACCCAUGGUUGCUCCACAGUACGCAUCUAUCUACACUUUGCGUGCCAUUGUCCUCUCUGAACCCAAAGAUUGGAUUGAGGAAGAGAGUCGCCGCCGACUAUUCUGGAUGAUAUACGUGCUUGAUCGCUAUGCCACAGUUGCCACAGCGUUCGAAUUCGCUUUAGAUGAAAAGGAAAUUGAUCGUAAGCUCCCAUGUCGAGACGAGCUAUUCACUCGCAACGUCCCGGCGGAGACAAGAUGGUUCCAUACAUCCUCGCGGUCAGAUUACAACAUGAACCGGCCAGAAAAUCUGGGAUCUUUCUCUUACUAUGUGGAGAUCCUGGGAAUCUUGUCGCGCGUUCAUAUCUUUUUGAAGCGGCCCGUGGAUAUCACAUCAUUGUCGGACGUGGAAACAUGGCAGAGCGAGUACCGGGAGCUGGAUCAAACCAUUGAACAAUGGAAAUACAACUUGCCAGCAGACUACGGAAACGCCGCUCGCCUCUUCACAGGACCGGCAAUGAGCAAGAACCUUGAUAGUGGGUUAGCAAUGCUACACGCUGCAUUUCACACCACCGUCAUUCGUCUUCAUUCCUCCGCAGCCUACCCCACCCAUCGGUCUCCUAUCUUCACCCCCUCUUUCAGUGCUAGCCAGAGAUGUCUUAAUGCGGUUGAGAGCAUCGUAGCCCUAUGCGCCUGUAUCCGUGAUAACGGGCUACUGACAAAACUCGGUCCACCUUUUGCUUUUUCCAUUUGGGUUGCCGCCCGCGUCCUUCUCGUUCAUGGUUCAACCAUCGCCCACCGUGUCGACCAGUCCAUCAAUCUCUUAGUCAGCACUCUUCAGGAGAUUGGCCAAUACUGGGAGGUGGGCACGCGCUACGCCAACCUGCUUAUGAGAGUACUCCAAGAGUAUCAAGACUCCCAGCGUACCCCUGCAGCUGUGAAUGGCGAGCGCGUUACUCCUUCCACUGUUAAGAUUUUGGCAGAUAUGCGUCGUUGUGCGUUCGACCUAGAUUUUCUGAUUUCUAGACAACCAAAGACCAGCAACACAAGACCCGUGUCGGUUACACCGGCGAGAACUCCCGGCCCCAACGAGUUGGAAUAUCUCGACGUAUUCGACUUUUUCAACAUGCCUCGCUUGCCCGUGUCGACACUGGAAGGAUCUGCUGCUAACUAUGCUGCAUCCGAUGGUGCCGUGCACAACAUGUCAGAAGGAGGCAACGGCAGCGCCGCCCAGAAUGAAUUCAAUAUCACGAACUACAUGGUCGAUGCGAGCUCUGAUUGGUUUAUGAAACCUUCGUAA